CUGUAGGCAAAAGCAUAUCUUCUUUCUUUUCCAGACAAGGUUACAACUACGGUCCAGGUAGCUAGUGCCAGGAGCUGUUUACAGAUACCGUUUGAACCCGAGGGUGAUUUCUGCAUUGCUCUGUUCUCAGACUGCACAAAAAAUGAGGUUUGGCGUCUGUACGUCAGCCUGUUACGCCAAUACAUCUUUUCCACCAACAGACACCCCUCGCGAUGACAAGCAUUCAGUGGAGUUGACGGCUUUCAUGUCAUACCGUAUUGCAUGUGUCGGUACGGUAUCUUUUAUCUAUCACGCAUAGCACAUACAAUAGAUUCAUCAGAUUAUUCCUAGCUACCAGUGGUACUUCUUCCAAGCAAGAAUGUUUUCGCGACAAGCACUCUGCUCGCAAGGGCGACGGCUCUAUUCAAGAGGAACAAAAUUUAAUCGGUAUUUGUCAUCCAAGUCUUCCAAGAACGACACUGCUGUUGCUGCUGACCAGCAACCACCGCCUCCAACAAAGAAGAAAGGCCUGCUCUACCGAAUGGCCCCACCAAAGGGAGGAACGGAGCCACCUGAUGCCAAGUUUCUCGCCAUUGCCAGUGUGGUCUGUGUGGCUGGAUACUACGCUUGGUUUGUGGAUCCACCUCGCAGGGCAGCAGAGGGCAGAUAGAUACAUGUAGCGAUGCAAGAAAGCAGCCGGCACACGCUAGCUAGUAGACCUAGCACUAAAUUUGUGAAAGCAGCCUUUGUGAACGGCGUUCUAUGGACAGUGCAACGUUCGUAAUAUAAUGGGUAUGGAGAAACAGAUGUAGGUGGCUUUGGUCUUAUGUUCAUGCUACAGUAGCAAGUAGAAACACAUACCCGGGC